GGGCAUCCCAAUCCCGCCUCAACCCCAUCUCGGCCCGUCCCAACCCGUCCCUCCUGGCGACUGGCUCUGCAUCUCCCUGCAGCCACCCACCCGUACGCUCUCUUGGAUCGGCCUCGGCGAAGCACUCAUCUGCUCCUCGCAUUCGCUCGAUCGACUGCUGCGGCAACCACCACCACAACAACACCACCGCCACAACAACACCACCACCGCCGCCGCCGCCGUCAUGGAAGCCUCGGUCUGCCAUCCGCGCAUGCUGGUGCAUCUUCAUGGCCCCGCCUCGAAUUCCGUUUUUGGGCACACCCGCCAAUCGUUCAAGCUGCCCGCAAGUGUGUCUCCGUCGACGGGAGAAAGACACAUUGCCGUCGACCAGUGCCUGGACUCGUCAGCAACCUGCGCUGGAUUCGUCCAGGAGUCGCAGCUAGAUUCACUCGCUCUGGAGGCCGUCAAUGGAAGAGUCGUUGGGCUAUUUUCCUCAUCCCUCGGCCACCACUUUGACUACCAAAGCUCGUCGAUCUUCAUGCAGAUUGUUGAGGAGCUGAGUCGGAUCACUACUUCAAGCCAAGAUAUUGCUGUUUCGUUUUGCUACCUGCUUGCCACCGAUACCAAGUGCUUUGAUCUUCUGGCACAAAAGAAUGUGGAUGUGCCAGCGCACGUGCCAACCAACUUUCACGGGCUUUUCUCAAAGACGGACAACUCCUUGGCUGCGGUAAAGGAGGUUCUGGCUCAAGGAUGCUCCUCACCAUUUGUGCUGGGCAUCCGUCUCGAAUGCAAGCAAUCGGUCUAUCGCACCUACGGAUCGCUCUAUCUGGUGGAGCUUGGGUAUCCUCUGUUCAAGGGCGACCUCUCUAUGGCUAGCCAGGCUCCUAACGCGCUCUUCAAGACCAUCAAAGUCAUGACCAAAAUCGGUUCGAUGCUCUCGGGUACCGGGAACCUGCCCUACGAGGAAUCGGCGCUGACGACAAUCACAUCCGAGCUGCUCGGCGGGAGUGGUAAAGCAACGUUUCUCUUUCACAUCGAUGCAACCGAAGCGUCGCCCAACGUUGCGACCAUGGCUGACUUCAUCGAGAUCUGGAAGAAAGUCAAGAUACGCCAGAGAGUCUCUUUCCGUGACCCUCGGGUCCGGUACUUGGAAGAACUCUCGAGCACACGCGAGGAACAAAGCUGGCAGCUCCACCAGAAAAUCAGCGCGCAAUUAGCCCAAACGAUGGAGGUGGAGAGCCAACUUUCAGAGCGGAACGAGUUUAUCGAGAAACUUGAACACCAGCUCCAGCACUGCGAGAUGCAGGUGCAAUCCAGCCAAACACUGGCUGAGUCGCUCAGGUCCGAGCUUCAGCAAAAGGAGAGUGCCUGGCGUGCUAAAUUCCAAGAUUAUCGGUCCAAGCGCUCGAGCGAGCUCAAAGAACUCUCUGUCAAGGCCGAGACGACCGAGUGGGGCUGGAAGCAAGACGUGGCUAUUCUCGAGGCCUGUCUGAAGGAUCGCAACACUCGUCGCAGGCUCGAUGCGGACGACAAUCGAAGGCUUAUUCUCGAAGCCAACGUCUGGAUCAGCAACUCCCAGCGUAAAACCGAGGAGUGGAAGCUGCUGUAUGCGAAUCUUCAUAAUCUCUUCAACCUCAAGUCCGAUGAGCUUAUCGAGUCGCAGUCCCAGUUGGACGAGUAUAGGGCUGAAAUCACCCGUCUUGAGACAUCACUCAGCAACUCCGAGGUGCGAUGGCUGGACCGAUGCACUACUCUGGAGGGGCAGAUUCAGCAUAUCCGCCACGAGCAUGCCCGCGAUAUCCACAAUCAUCAGCAGAGCUUCCGGAAGACGCUGGGCGACACGAAGGAAGCGUUGGGUCGCCAAUGGGCUGAGAAAAUGGACAGACUAGCGGCCGAGGAGGAGCAGAAGCGCCAGGCCCUCCAAGACGAGAUCGAGCUUCUUGAUCAGGCCAGCCGAGACCAAAACAUGGCACACAAAAUCCAGACCGAAGACGCACAGGCUCGCCACCAGCAAGAAAUCAGCCAGCUGCACGACGAAAAGCGCAAGUGCAAAUCCGACAUGGAGGCUGAGCUCCACAAAAUGAUCACCGAGCACCAGGCCGAGCUUGUCAAGACGCACAGCCAGCACCAAGCCGAUCUCGAGAGUGCCCACAACGAGCACGAACAGCAUAUCCAGCAGCUCGAGCAGAGCCACAUGAACGUGAGCCAGCGGCUGCAGGCCCUGGUGGAUCAACAAAACGAAAAGCUGAAAGAUCUCGAGCGGCAGCAGGCUCGCAGCCGAGGCGAAGCCGCCGACUUGCGUCAGCAGGUCCAGCAACUCAACCAGGCCAACGAGGAAAAGCGCAUCAUCAUCACCGACCUUGAAGUUCAGAUCAGCACCUUCAAGAAGGAGAGUCAAGUGUGGGUCCAAAAGCUGAUUGAGUCGGAAGCGCUGCGUCUGGAGGAGAAGACCAAGCGGUUUGAGUCGGAGCGCCAGCUCAAGGAGUGCCAAAUUGAACUCGAAGUCGCACGGGUCCAGAGAUCCAGCGACUCUUCCGUCUCGACGCAAUCCCUCGAGAACCUGAAGAGCAUGCAUGAUAUCGAACGAAAGGCGAUGAAUGACCAGAUUCGAAACCUCGAGCACGGCUCGCGUCAGGCCCUCAAGCUCCGCGAGGACGCCUUUUCCAUGGAGAGGCAGCGCCUCCAGACCCGCAUUGAUCAGCUAGAGAAGGCAAAUCAAGAGUUGCUGCUGGAAAACACCCAGAGGACCGAGUCAGUUGAUGCCCGGGCUGCUCGUCCCAAGGCCACAAAGCGGACGCAGCCAAAGACCCAACCUUUGGAGAGCAUCCGAGAGGACAGUGAGAGUGCAAGCCCUUCUGUAAGCGCAAGCGAGUCGAACGGACGAUCUGGAUCAGGAUCUGGAUCUCGGACAGGGCCGGCGGCUGGCAGCAAAUCGUCGCUGUCCAAGAAACGUUCGGCCGCGCAUCUGGACUCGGAUCGCACGAGCGUUGUCACCGCCGCGGUUCCGGAAAGCACCCUCACCUCUGUGGCUGCAUCAGUGCUUAACAAGAAGAACAUUGCUCUGAUGAAGAAGCGGUCGAAUCAGCCCCUCGAACCCAGCUCUGGCACCACCAGCACCGUCGAAAAGGCAGUCGAUGGUGGCCGGAAACCUGGCAGCAGCAUUUUCCCGAUUGUGGAUAGCGACCAGGACGAUCCCGACGCCCCGUCGCCACUGCGUGAUCGCCUCAACGUCGAGACAGCGCGAUCGGGCACUGAAAAGCCCAAGCGAAGUGGGGCCAAGCAAAGCGCCAAAGACCUGCUUGCAGCUCGUGCUGCACUGAACACAUCAUCCGACGACACCUCCGCUCGUCUUGGGGGUGCGAGCCAGAGCAACGGCUCCGCUGCGGACCACCGCCCGCGACGCCGGGCAGCGCCAACCGCGCAGAUGCUCCACGUCGACGAUGAUGAUGAUGACAGUUACUCGACCAGCGAUAUGGUGGAGUACCAUGUGCGCAACCGCAAGUCCAUGGCCGUCUCUGCCUCGACUUUGUCCACGACCCACGACAGCGGCAUCGCUGAGCCAGAGCCAGAGCCGGAGCCGAGCUCUGAUGUGGCUGUCAACCCGCUCACUUCCAAAGAGGCGGAUGCAGCCCAAAAACGCAGCCCAGCAGAUGGCGACUUUACCUUCCGUGCCCCAGCUCCAGCCCCCAGCGUGCAGACCAAGAAAAAGCGCCGGCUCAAUCCCAGAAAAUCGAUCGACAAGCCCGCGGCCGAUUCCGAUGCCGGCUCAGCACCAGAACAGGCAUCUGCACCGAGCGGCUCGAGCGCGACAGCCUCCUCCAGCUCCGCGGCGAGGGAGCGGUCAGGUGCAUCCGCGGCCACAUUCAAGACCAUGAUGAGCAGCAUCUGGAAGAGCCAAAGCAGCGCGCGACGGGCGAACCUGAUCCUUGCUGGAGCAUCAUCGGCAGCACAGUCAUCCGCGAAUGUAUAGAACUGCCUCCGCCUCUUGGCCAUGGAUCGGGCGCGCUGCCACCCACCACUGAAUAUAUCGCCAUCGACCGAUACCGCGCACGGCAUAUCCAGGACGUUGUGCGUCCGCCGCGAGGAGCGAUGGUGGCGAAUGCGUAUGCUCAUUGUUGACCACAAAGAGACAAGACAGCGCCGUUGGCAGAGCUCA